UUCUGGGCAAAUGACAGAAUGCUUGGAAACGUCUUCCGGCAGCUCGCACACAGGAUUUCUACUGCCUGUCAUUCAUUCUUAAACUUGCAUAAAUCGCAAUUUUUAAUGUGAAUUUUUACAAUGCAGGCUCUCACGCCUCACGUGUACUGGGCCCAGCGGCACGGGGAGAUUUACCUGCGAGUGGAGAUCAGUGAUGCACAGAAUAUCAGUAUUGGUGUAGAAGAGAACGUCCUUCACUUCAGAGGCCAAGGACAUGGAGCAAAAGGAGAAAAUGAAUAUGAAUUCAGCCUGGAAUUCUUAAAACCAGUUAAACCUGAGGUGAAACACAGAUCCACUCAGCGGCAGGUGAAUAUUACGGUAAAGAAGCAGGAGCACGUGUGGUGGGAUCGGCUCACUAAACAGGAGAGGAAGCAUUGGUUUCUAGCACCUGAUUUUGACCGUUGGCUGGACGAGUCAGAUGCAGAAAUGGAGCUCAGAGAAAAGGAAGAGAAACUAAACAAAGUCGGCACUGAUUCAAGGGUCCGAAAGGACCCUUUUGUUGGCUUGAAAAAAGGGUUUCUCUUUAUGUACAACUUGGUCCAGUUUCUUGGCUUCUCCUGGAUCUUUGUUAACAUGACUGUACGUUUAUUCAUACUUGGGCAAGAUUCUUUCUACGACACCUUUCAUACCAUUGCUGAUGUGAUGUACUUCUGUCAGAUGCUGGCAAUAAUGGAAGUUAUUAAUCCUGCUGUGGGGCUGGUUAAGACUGGAGUCAUGCCUGCUUUCAUACAGGUGAUGGGUAGGAACUUCAUCCUUUUUGUCAUAUUUGGUAGCUUAGAGGAUAUGCAGAACAAGCCUGUGGUCUUUUUCGUCUUCUAUCUAUGGAGUGCAAUCGAGAUAUUCAGGUAUCCUUUCUACAUGUUGGCCUGUAUUGAUACGGAAUGGAAGUUGUUGACUUGGGUGAGAUACACCAUAUGGAUUCCGCUGUACCCUCUUGGUGUGCUAGCUGAAGCUGUGGCAGUGAUCCAGUCCAUCCCCAUCUUUGAUGAAACCAAACUCCUCAGCAUUCAUCUGCCUAAAGCCAUAGGUAUAUCGCUCAGCUUCUCCUACAUCCUGCAGGUCUUCCUGGUGCUCAUGUUCCUGGGCCUCUUCAUCAACUUUCGCCACCUCUACAAGCUGAGGAGGAGACGGUUUCGCACAAAGAAGAGGAAAGCCAACUGAGUUCUUGUCCAGGGGAAGACCCAUGCUUCAACCUCAUAACUUCCAUUCUUGUAUCUGUCUUUUCAAUGAUUUAACCUUACUUCUUUUCCAUUUACCCAUUAUAUAUUUCCCCUCUCUCACAGAGAACUCAUUACUUAUCCCUCUACUUUCAAACCCAAAUCAAGUGCAUUUACUAUCUACACUUUGAAGUACUGAAGGACCAUGACCAAGCUGUGCUGUACUGUAUACAAAUGACUAUAGAAACAUUAGAGAAAUAGAUGACCUUAUCGAAUAGCUCUAAACAGGACCAUGAAGGUAUUUAUACAGUUUGUCAUUUCAUCUGUGUGCAGUAUGUUUGCUGUUGUAGAUUAGUUGUGUGACAGGCUUACUUGACUGAAAACGCAAGCAGCAUUUUAUCUUCCUGCCAUUCCCUGAGAUGUGUUGGAGUCAUCUCUCUUGAGAACUGAUAAGACAGACCAUGAACCUCAGGGAAAAUCUCAUGAAACAAACUCACAUAGGAAUAAUCAUUUUAGUGUCAUUGUACACUGGCGGCCAAAAGUUUGGAAUAAUGUACAGAUUUAGCUGUUUCAGAAGGAAAUUUGUACUAUAAUUCACCAAAGUGGCAUCCACUUUUGAAUCAGAAACACAAAAAGAAAAGGUUAGAGUGGGCAAAGAAACAGACAUUGGACAACAGAUAACUGGAAAAGAGUGUUAUGGAUCUUAACCCCAUUGAGCUUUUCUGGGAUCUUCUAGACUGUAAGGUGAGUGAGAAGUGCCCGACAAGACAGCCACAUCUAUGGCAAGUGCUACAGGAAGCGUGGGGUGAAUUGUCACCUGAGUAUCUGGACAAACUGACAGCUAGAAUACCAAGGAUCUGCAACGCUGUCAUUGCUGCAGGUGGAGGAUUUUUUUUGAUGAGAACUCUUUGAAGUAGUUUAAGAAGAUGUGUAAAUUUUUUUUUUUUUUUUUCAAAUUGUAAUAGUAAUUUUUCACAUUAUUAAUGUCCUGACUAAACAUUUUGAUCAGCUGAAUGCCACUUUGGUGAAUAAAAGUACCAAUUUCUUUCCAUAGGAGCUAAAUCUGUACAUUAUUCCAAACUUUGGCUUUCAGUGUGUGUCAUAUCUGGACAAGAAUGUGCAUGGUAAAUGCAACUGAAAAUGUUUAAUUAAAAAAUUUAUUUGAAA